AUGUUCCAUCGGACACUGGCUCACUCGCUCUUCCCCAUUUCGAAAUUCGCUCGGAACUCGCGACUCAGCACGAUCUCCAUUCAAGUGGAAAUGCAACUUCGCUACGUCCUCUCUCUUGCGGCUACUAUCCUACAGAUUUCGUCUGGGACUAAAACAACAUCGAAGACAUCCAAGUUUAAUGGAUGGUAUCCUUGCUCCGACUACACAUUCGGCACUGGGAGUUCUGACGUGCAGAGUGCUGAGUGUGCUACGUACUCGGCCCCCCUGUGCUAUCCUGGUGUGUGUGAAGCGCUCAAGUGGGUGGACCAGACUAUCGACAUCUUCGUAAAGCGACUUCCAGCCGCCGAACCAAAGACUGCUAGUAAUGUCUGGCUUCUAGAAGGAGGUCCCGGGUUUGCCUCCAACGGCCUGGAAUCUCAAAUGGUUACGCUGUACGAAAAACUUAAGGGAGCUGUGAACGUGUAUACGAUGGAUCAUCGUGGCACCGGACGUAGCUCUCUUCUCGAUUGCUCUGCAGCGCAGGCAAUUACGAGUGGAUCUCCUAAUGGUAAAAGCAUCGAUCCUUCUGAAGUUCCUUCGUGUGCCCAAGCACUGGAGCGUAAGUACGGCGAUCUCGCGUCAUUCUCGACAACGAGUGCGGCAAAAGACCUCGUAACCUUGUUAGCCGAGUUCUCCAACGGCGAGAACACAAUCGUGUACGGCACAAGCUACGGGACGUUACUGGUAGAACGCAUUAUGCAUCUCUCUCCUCCUCAAGUUACUGGCUAUGUGUUGGAUGGAGUCACGUCUACCACAAGGGCGCCUGCUGAUCUGUUUCCCUAUUUCUCAAGAAUGGAUAUUGAUUCUGGUAAAGUUGGCGACGCUUUCAUGGAACUCUGUGCACGAGAUCGUACCUGCAAUGCCCAUUUCAAAAAACCACAUACCUUGGGUUCUACACUUUACGCUCUGUUGGAUACAUUUAACAACAAACCCAACUCGACGUGUGCAGCUAUUAUGAAUAACCUUGGGUACGAGGUGGAUCCGUCGCAAUCUCUAAGGAUGUUCUUGAACACCCUAUUACCAGAUUCAACUAUGCGCAACAUUAUCCCUCCCCUGGUUUACAGACUCAAGCGCUGCCAUUCCAAGGACGUCGACGUCUUGAAUCAUUUCUUUAGUACGUACGCUCAAAGCGUCGGCAAUUCGGAUGACACGGAUCUGUAUUACUCUGUACUGUUGUACAAUCUCAUCGUCUUCUCGGAGCUAUGGGAGAGACCGCAGCCUUCGAUAACUGAGAUGACAAAUCGUUUUACGGAAUAUGGCAUCAGCACUGGAAUGUACGCGACGGUCCCACUGUACUGUGCCUUCUCCAAGGACAGAUCCAAGGCUUGUAACCAGUUGAAGGUUGGCGACUACGAUGCACCGGGAAUCAUCUACAAGCACGACAAGUAUUGGAACGUGAGUGCCACAAUUCCAAGUCAGGUCAGUGUCUUGGUGAUGAGCAGUAAACUGGACGCGCAAACACCGCACGACUAUGCGAAAUAUUUUUUUAAAUCACUCAAAGGUGACAACAAGGAGCUGGUCACGUUCGAGUAUUCUAUCCACGGCGCGCUCUUGUGGACUCAACUUGACCCAUUCGAUCCUGCGACUGAAACAUGCGGCAUGAAGAUUUUCGCAUCGUACGUCAGCAAUGAAGGUGACUUGGCUAGUCUGGAUAAAUCCUGUGUGGACGAGAUGCCCGGACUCAACAUGACUCUGCACGCCGACUUCCAGAGCUACUUUGGUGUGGACGACGUGUACGACGGCAUAUUGGACACAAGUUCCGGCAGCAAAUAG